AUGCAGAAACCGAACCAAGCCAGAUCGAGAGCGCUCGGUCUACGAGACCGCAAGGCUCUGAGACCGUCCUUGACCUCGACUGCCAGUCCUCUGGGCUCCCUCAAGGGCAGCAAACAGUCGCCUGUAUCGUCCCUUUCUGGCCGUCGCUCUAGCGGUCUGGCCGCUUUUGCUGCGCCUCCAAGGCGAGUCUCAACGAGGAUCACGGCCUCCGAUCUAAUGUUCCGCUCUCCGUCUGCAUCCCAACAGAGUACAGAAAAAGUACCACCACCUACCGAUACCCCCGAAAAUCAAUUGGCGUCGGAACUGGACAGUGCAACCGGCGAUAUAGAUGCGAAUGAGGCGUUACAACAACCGUCGUUCCAGGACAUCCUUGACGAGCCGGAUCUUCCACCGACGCCGACCCAGUUGGGCCUGGAACGGCCUCCCGGGCGACCAAAAGGACUCCUAAGCAGUAGCCCAAGCUCACAACCGGGAAAGUGGGGCAGACGAAGGAAUACAGAUGGUAGAGAACAAAGCCCGUCAAAACUAAGGAAAGUCGAUUAUGGCGAGGCAGGAGAAUCCGCGGAAUCCGGCUUGUUGUUGGAUCGGACUUCCUUACCGGAGGAGAUCUUGAUGAAGCGAAAAUUGAAGAACAAGCUCGCCUCAGAACUGCAGCAAUUGAAGAAGGAUAUCUUGGAAUUGGAGACAUGGUCGAAGGACCUGGCCCAAGACGAUGCCAGUGAAGAGCGAGAUUUAACUGGGUUGAUUACUUUGUUAGCAACAUCAUACCCUCCUCAAUCGACCCCAACGGCCUCAGGCGAAACCUCCAUAUCGACUCUUAUCUCUUCAUUACUCCCCUUUGCCACCAAGGGACCCCCGAGGCCCCCACCCGAGGCCCCUCCAGUGAACCCAUUUGCGCUUGGAGAGCAUGCGCAAACAGAAGCAUAUCUAACAGCUCUUGCGCCAUUACAGCUUACGGCGUACUCCGAAUCCAUACCUAGCACCCCUGACCUUGUCUUGGAGAGGCACACUCUCCAGUUUUCCGCCCCGUCACCCUUUCCCUCCAACCGCUAUAAAGUAUUUGUAACCUGCGAUGUCAACCCAGAAACGCAAUCCCUGGUCUCCAUAUCAUCUGCUUCACAGAUGACCGAAGAAGAUGCAAGGACGCCAGAAGAUCUGCGGCGUUGGAUAGACGCCAGGCUGGCCAAUCCGUUGCUUAAGCUAGAUGUCACAGGUCUGUGCUGGGGCAUUAACCGAUACUGGGAGGCUAUGGUAUCGCGUGCUGAGUUAUGGUUACACAUGGAGGAACAACAUGCUGAACUAAUCAGUGGUAAUGCGAAAGAGAACCAUGAGACUAAAACAAAGAGCGCAAGCUCGCAACCCCUCGGCUUGUCGGAAUUGCGUCAGAUUCUACCGCACCUCGAGCGCACGUCUAUGCUCUUCGAAUCCAAGAACGGCUCACCCAAAGUCCUGGUAUCAUGCCAAUUGACAUUGGAUGAGUGGACAAGUGAGCCACAACUAGCGCCAGGACUCAGCGUUUCUCUGUUAUCCGAGUCUGAUAGCGGCUCCAGACGCAAGGUGGACCAAGAAUCCAAACGUCUGUUCCAAUCAAUCCUAAAUCCAAACGAGAACAACCAAGCUGGAAGCAGCGGCAGCGGAGUCCCUGCUAGCGCAAUUCUAAGAGCUACAGACUGCGUCUUGCGCGCUUUGCUCGGUACAAACUCGAAGAAAUGA